GCUCAAUCAAUCGAGUUGACAGACUCGGUUGCCGAGUCGAGUCAUCAACUCGAGUUCAACUCGACUCGACGGCAACACUACUUUCUACCCACGGCACGCCCGGGCGCUGAAGUGCAGCCUACAGCAGUCUCCAAUAGCGUCUAAAUUCAACGUGACUUAGACGUAAAUGGGAGUGCCGCGAAUGUCUGAGUUUGAAACAACUUCCGUCUACUUUCCUCCUCUCUAACACACCUCAUGUGCUCCCUCACAUCGACGCGUUCGAAGACGGAAUGUGGCUAUCUCUCCAAGGACUAUGCCAUCUACAGCUGCUCUCAUCCGGCUACCCCCACCGUGAAACGAUGGUCUUCAUCUGCUGCCUACACCGAGGUAAUGCCAUUGAUUGUCUCUGCACCACCGAAGAUGCUUCGCUACUUCUUCCACAACGGAUACCGCGAUAUAAUCCAGAUCAGCUUAGAGUUGCCUCCGACGCACACCCGGUUCUCCCGAAACAUGGUUGACGUUGUAACGACGUACGAAGUAUCAGUCGAGAUCCCGCGAACGUAUCCUGGCCAAAUGCUACCAACUACAGAUCGCAGAGAAGUAUUGUUUAAAGAACUGGAGGACUUGCCGGAACGAGAUCUGACCACCGCUGCCGAAUGCUCAAAUGGCCUGUUCUUCAUCCGACCCGUCAAACUCAUCUUCGAGGUCAUGGUCAGAACGGAUCCCAUGAUCAUCCUACCCGGCCACUAUCGCAAAUCCUUCGCGUGGACCUUUUACCGAGAACAAGACGGGCAGAGAAGAGCUCGGAACUGGUCCGUAUCCACGACAGCUACCCUGAUCGACGACUCGCCCGUGCCUCUUGCACCAAAAGUCUCCUGUUCCCACGACGGGCUGCGCAAACGGGCCAAGAAAAUCGGACGCGCGGCGCGCAAACUGGGGCCUGGCUCCAGCGCCACGCGGUCGCUGAAGCAGAAGAUUCUGCGACGGAUCCCGUGCACGGAGGAGUGGCGGUGGAACCGCGAGUUCGCUGUGAAGACGGGAUAUCACAAGCCGUUGCCCCAGAAUCCGAGGCUGACGUAUCAGCAAGCGUUGAGGCUGAAGAGACUGGAGGAGCCGGACUACGUGCCGCUUUCGCAGAGGAUCGCCAGAAACCAUCCCUUGUACAUAGCCUUGUAUGAUUGACGAGCGGGUUGUUCAUAUGCAAUCCGUUUGGUGAACGUGCUAGCAGAGUGAGAUCUCUCUGAAAACGAUCCACACUCCGAAGUUGAGUCAUUUCGAAUUCAGGGUCGUAGCGCCCUGUUCCAA